CUGCUCUGAUUGGCUUAAAUGGGAACCCAGGGGAAAGGUUGAUUUGAUCAGCUGGUCUCUGCAGAUAUCGGACUUCUACAAACAAUGUAGCUAGCAAAAGUGCUGAUUGUCAGCGGUGCUGGAGGAGAAAACAACGGCACCCUGACCUCAUCUUUACCCGGCUUCUUACCGAGAAUUCGUUGCCAAACUACAUCACCGGCGCUGUCUAGUAUUGCUGUCAAAUCAAAUGCAAUAGUGAUAGACGGUGUUACACCUCCUUUGUCGCUUUUCUUUCACAUUGUGCUUUUACAUUUCAGUGAUGCGAAAGCGAAAUAACUCGCUCACCGUGGACCAUGACAGCUCUUCCACCAACACAUUGCUUGACAGCAGUCCGGAUUUAAACUACUGUCACAAGAGAGGGGAAGGGGUUCCUGAGCCUUGUGUACCAUCUAGGUCGGAAUCGGACAAAACAAUGGGCAGACCAUUUCGAAGAUAUGGCCUAAUGGGCAGAUUGAAGAGGAUCCUCCUGUGGGUGCUGGGAGUCUACAUAACCAUCCCCUUCAUCGUCAAACUAUGCCCCUCCAUUCAGGCAAAACUAGUAUUUUUAAAUUUUGUGCGGCUGCCCUAUUUCAUUGACUUGAAAAGGCCACAAGACCAUGGCUUGAACCACACCUUUAACUUCUACCUGCAGCCAGAGACUGGUGUCAACAUUGGUGUAUGGCACACAGUUCCAGACCAGAUGUGGAAAGAGGCGCAGGGGAAGGACAGAGAGUGGUAUGACAGUACCUUUAAAUCCCCCUAUCCAGUCAUGCUGUACCUUCACGGCAACGCAGGGACAAGAGGAGGGGACCAUAGAGUUCAGCUCUACAAGGUCCUUAGUUUAUUAGGCUACCACGUAGUCACAUUUGAUUACAGAGGUUGGGGUGAUUCAGACGGGAGCCCCUCUGAGGGAGGCAUGACGUCAGAUGCCCUGUUCCUCUACCAGUGGGUGAAGGAGAGGGUGGGGAGCAAACCCCUCAACGUCUGGGGCCACUCACUGGGGACAGGGGUGGCCACUAACCUAGUCCGACGUCUGUGUGACAGAGGGACGCCCCCAAACUCCUUAGUCUUGGAAUCUCCAUUCACCAACAUCCGAGAGGAGGCCAAGAGCCACCCCUUCUCUAUGGUCUACCGGUACCUUCCAGGCUUUGAAUGGUUCUUUUUAGAUACCAUAUCAGCAAACGACAUUCGAUUUGCCAGUGACGAAAAUGUGGACCACAUAUCCUGUCCAUUGCUUAUCCUUCAUGCCGAGGAUGACUCAGUCGUGCCCUUUCAUCUAGGGAAGAAGCUGUACAACAUUGCUUCCCAGUCCAAGAGCCUGAGUGGACACAAGCUUCAGUUCAUCCCCUUUCCUGUCUCUCUGGCUUACAAGCACAAGUUCAUCUACAGGAGUCCUGAGCUGCCACACAUACUCAGUGACUUCCUUGGCACGACUCAUCCCCAUGCAUAACCGACAAGAACAUUUCCACCUGUCCAUUGUUUCCUCUUACACCACACACACACACACACGCAUGCACACACACACACAAACUCUUUCACUGUAUGCUUUAUGGUUGGUGUACAUAUCUCAUAAAACAUUGAAAUGUACACGCAUGGACUGAAGAAGAUGCAUCCAUUCCUUUAUUUAGCAUUCCUUUGACACCUAAAAUUCCUGCAAGACAUAAACGGAACACUGGCAAAGAGCAAGGGAUGGACAACUGGCUUGGCUUGUUGUCAAGGUUACACAAACCAAGAGGAUGGCUUGAGCACAAAGAUGAAAUAUGCACGCAUUUUAAGGAGCCAAGACAAACAUCAUGGAGUGGGAAGAACAGUGGAUUGAGCAGGGAAGCAGUGUUUUUAAUUGCACAAUGUUUGGGGAAUAGACAUUCAUACACAGGGCGAGGAAGGAGAAAGUUUUUCGUUUUACAACUCAUCUGCAGCACAGAGCAAGUUCUGUCAAUACCAGUCCAGUUUAUUUUCCCAAUUUUAUUUUUGUUACAUUACAGAUCAUGAUAUAAGUGCAUCUAUUAUUAUAUUUGACUGAUCUCAGAUGAGAAGUUUUGGACUCUAGCUUUUCUCUAUUUAAGGAAAUAUAUAACUUGAAUUAAAUAUUAUACAUUUUACCUAACAUUAUUGGUUUUGGGCUUGUCAGUCUCAUUAUUUUCCGCCUUAAAGAGAAGACUAGUCAUGUUAUUUUAGAACCCCUUAGGACACUUCAGGGCAAGCUCAUGAAUUUUAAGAUUUCAGGGAGGAAAUUAACUGAAGAGCUAAGGUUUAAGAAAUAUGAUUUCCACUUUCCAAUUAUAGCCUACCUCAAAGCAAAAAUACCAUAUUAAUGAUUCGGUGCAUAGUAAAGUGUUUACCUAAACUGAGAAGACCUAAUGGAAAUUUUAAUUCCAAAUCUCUUAGUGCUAAAACACAAUCACCCAGCUAGUGGUUAUUCCUGUUCAAUCUUAGAAAGUGGUGUGUGAGUGACGGUGCAUAUUCCAUUGGUGUGGUCAGAGGAAGACUAAAGACCAUUUUUUUAUGUUCUCUUCGGCUUGAUAGCAAUUGACCGGUGGUACCAAAAUGUAGGAUGGAGCCAGAGAGGAGUGUGGCUGGGCAGCACCUGCAGUCUGGGAAUGUCAGUGUGCCCAUCCAUCCAAUGCACUUAACACUGCUGAGUAAACAGUAAAUUACCCCAAAGUUACUUUUUGCACAUCAGUGUCCUACUAGUUGAUGCUGACUGGUUUUUCUUCAAUUAGGGCUACCCCACACUGGUAAUGCUUGUUUGUAAUUUAUUGACCAAAGUACACGGUUUCUGUUCUACACUUUUUCAAAUUGUAUACACGGUAUAACAUUUUGUUAUUAAAUGAAUGGUGAGUGGCCAGUUCUCUAUUUUGGUGGUCAUUUUCCCCUCUGGAUAUGAUGUUGAAAUGUAACAGUUUUCACCAGCUAUUUCUCAGUCUCUGCAAUAAAGCAACACAAUGGAUGGUAUGGCCACCAGGUCAUCCAAAACGAGUUAUCUCUUGUGGGGAAUUCAAUGCAUAGUAUGAAAUGCAUCAGGUUAGGAAGUGCCCUCAGAUUGUCAGGUUACUGUCUGUACUUUAAGUUCUUUAAUCACACAAUGUAAGAGGGUAAAGGCAGCGAUACAGGGUUAAUGGUCAGCUGUUCUAUAGCUUUGGAAUGGAAAGUGGACACUGGAUAAAUAUCCUCUUCAAUUUAGAAAUCAGAUGUAUUUAUAUAUGCAUGUACAAGUGGAUGAGUAUUGUUAGAUGGAGAGACUGUAUGCAUUUCCCAGUUAAGACUGAACAUGUAUAAUGAUUCUCAGAUGACAACUUUAAGCUGCGAAGCAAUCUGAUAAAAAUUAAAACAUUUUGUACAGGUAUGUGUGCUUUUCAGAGAUGCAAUUUCCAACGGAGGGCAUCUUUUGAAUCACCUACUCAAAUGGAGUCAUUGUGGAGGAAGGACAUGGUUGAAUUAGCAGGGUAGACUUGUCAUUUACACGCCAUAAUCAGACUUCACCUCCAAGACUGUGUGGCUGCAGUGCAGUAGAGCUCUCAUCUUGAUUAACCAAACCAGGCUCUUUGAGUCAACUUCUGAGCCCUUUUCAUACACUGAUAUCAUCUAACGUUAAUGUGACAAGUGAAGUUUGCUUGUAUUGCUUCUUGUCAAUGAAGGGGCCUUAGCAUAUUGUGCUUGACCUUUUCCAGUAAUGUACAUGGUGUCUGCUGCCCUUUGCAAUAUAUCUCAUUCUCGCUGUGUGUAGAAACGAGUGACUCAGACAUGUGGGCUGGUAGAUUGAAUAUACCUCACAAGAGUUGGGUUAAGAAGUGUAACAACUCAUGUUGGAGCCUGCAUAGUCAACAUUUAUCUUUUUUGUCUAUAGUUCAAAAUAUCUUGAUUUUUUUGGUAUCUACUAUACCGGUCUGGACAUACAAAGAAUUAUGUACAUAUGCUUGUUAAGUAAUUGAAUUAAAAAUAUGAAGUGGA